AUGGCUGAAGAUAAUGAAACGUACAGUGCUUCCGAAUUCAUUAAAGACCGUCUAUACUUUGCCACUCUACGUGUUAGACCGAAGAAUACAGCCAACACACACUACUUCAGCAUGGAUGAGGAGCUUGUACAUGAGAGUUUCUAUGCAGACUUUGGGCCGCUGAACCUGGCUAUGUUGUACAGAUACUGCUGCAAAGUCAAUAUUAAUCUCAAGUCCUUGACACUGUCUAGAAAGAAACUGGUCCACUAUACAAGUCAUGACCAGAAGAAAAGAGCAAAUGCUGCUCUGCUCAUUGGUGCAUAUGCCGUUAUUUAUUUGAAAAGAAGCCCAGAAGAAGCCUACAGGACUCUGAUCUCAGGAAACACCACAGGCUACCUGCCGUUCAGGGAUGCAGCCAUGGGAGAGAGCGUCUUUAACCUGACUCUCAUUGAUUGCUUGCAAGGAAUAAGUAAGGCACUACAGCAUGGUUUCAUUGACUUUGCAAGUUUUGAUGUGGAGGUAUAUGAACAUUAUGAGCGAGUAGAAAAUGGAGAUAUCAACUGGAUCAUUCCAGGAAAGGUUCUGGCAUUCAGCAGUCCCCACCGUCACAGUAAGACAGAGAAGGGUUAUCCUCUUCACGCACCGGAGGCAUAUUUUGAUUACUUUCGUCAAAAUGACAUCAAAGCCGUAGUCCGUCUUAACAGGAAGUUGUAUGACAGUAGGAAGUUUGAGGAUGCAGGUUUUGAGCACCAUGACCUCUUCUUCCACGAUGGGACUACGCCCUCUGACCUCAUCAUUAGGCGCUUCCUACACAUAUGUGAAAGUAUUGAAGGAGCUGUGGCUGUACACUGUAAAGCUGGCCUUGGCCGAACAGGCACUCUUAUUGGCUGCUACCUGAUGAAGCACUUCCGGUUCACUGCAGCUGAGGCCAUUGCAUGGGUCAGACUUUGCCGGCCUGGUUCCAUCAUUGGCCGCCAGCAAAACUUCUUAGAGGAGAAACAGCACAGUUUAUGGGUCCAAGGUGACGUCCACCGCUCCAAACAGAAGCUCAUUCAGCAAAGACUGAGUCGGCGGCAGCAGCUACAACGACAUCGUCAGCAGCAGCUUCACAGCUCUGACUCUGAGCAAGGAAAACAAGAAGCCAUGUCCCACCUACUGUCCAGCAUGGAUGCCCUAUCAGUCAACCCCAGCCUUCACAAGUCAUACAGCUUAGAUGAGAGUAACUUCCAAGAAGGUAGCCUCACUCAGGGAGAAAAACUGACAGAACUGAAGGGAAAACGACCAGCCAGGUCAACCUCUUCCUCCUCAAGGUGCCUUGCCCUUCCUGAUGUGUCACCAGUCUGAUUGGCCAUUUCUCAAUACCUGAGACGGCGAGAACGAACUUGCGUUCCCGCGAGAAUAGACUCGGGAGACAGACUCGGGAGUCCUG